CGGAAGCUAAAUCGCGAGCGCGCGCGCGUGCGGUGUGUUGAUAAUAAUUUGGCAGGUACGUACAUUUCGUGAAUUCGUAUGGUCGUGUGCGGAAAUAUACGGAAUCAUCGUGUAACGGGAGAGUGACGGCCGACCGGCCGUUGGCACAGUGGAGGGUUUUCUACAUAUAGAGGUGAGCGCGAGUCGCGAAACGAUUCAGUCUUCUCGAAACCACGCAGCAAUAAAAUACAAGACGUGGAUAAACAACAAUAGCCGCGGGCACAUUUGUUCUCCGCCAAUGUGCCGAUCGUUCGUGCAAAUUUUUUGACGAUUUUUUAACGGCCGGAUCUUCGAGUUCGUGUAAAGUUUGUGCAACGUUGCAGCUGCCAAUUCCUCCUCUUCCGGUGAUCGUUUAAUUGUGUCGAUAUGGAGCAAAAUGGUGUAUCGAUAAUAUCUCCACCGGGUGUCACGGAAAAUUCUGUCGGAAAGUCCAAGAGCAUCGGUAUCACGCUAAGAUCUGGCAGCUUACAAUCGGCUAAGGAAAAGUUGAAGGCACCCUGGUUGAAAAAGAUGGAAGAAGACAGCACAUUGCGGGACAAGUUGCUGGCCGUUCUGGCAGAAUUUAUCGGAACGGCAAUGCUGGUCUUUCUAGGAUGCACAGCAUGCGUGGGCAGUUUGGAAACUCCGCCACCAGCCAUACAAACCGGCCUUGCUUUCGGUAUCGCUGUCAUGAUUGCAGUACAGAGUGUUGGCCAUAUCAGCGGCGCUCACAUUAAUCCGGCUAUUACAGUGGCCACGGUGAUUCUCGGCAAUAAGCCCCUCCUGAUGGCCGGAUUCUACAUCGUUGCACAAUGCUUGGGUAGCCUGGUAGGCUACGGUUUGUUAAAGAUGAUAACGCCGGAGAAUUUGUUGUACGAUGGUAAAGACAAUAAUACGAUCCAUUCCUUCUGCACAACGAAUAUUAAUACAAAUUUAACGGUCGUUCAUGGACUCGUAAUUGAGGUUCUAGCCACGGGAAUAUUUGUCUUUUUCGCCUGCGCAAUUUGGGACUCGCGAAAUGCGAAAAACACCGACUCGGUAGCGAUAAAAUUCGGUCUGUGCAUCACUAUGCUUGCUUUGGCUUUCGCUCCUUACACCGGCUGCAGUAUGAAUCCCGCUAGGACAUUCGGACCAGCGGUCUGGAAUAAUCACUGGGAUGAUCACUGGGUAUAUUGGCUAGGGCCGAUCGGAGGUGCCAUAAUUGUGGCCCUGAUUUAUCGAUGUUUAUUCUCGCCUAAGACGAAAAAUCAGGAGAGUGCUACGCAUGACAUGGAAACUUUCAAUGGCAUCGAGACGUAGAUGGAAUCGCACGUAUGUCCUUUUCUCAACUUGUUAAACCUUGCAUUAUUUUCAUACGGCAUCUAUCAUUAAAAAGUUAAGGAGAGCGCACACAAUGGUAAAAAAUCAGAAUUAAAAAUAAAUUUUUUCCAUAAA